CAUAGACCAGCAUCCUCCCAGCCCCAAGCAAUCAACUGCCCAAAACACAAGAAUCGACACUCUGUGCUGCCUCUCGCAGCGCCUACCCAGUCUCCUCGAAUUCGCAGAAAAUCACAAUCCCGUCGCACGCUCCGAGUGCGUCACAAUCGACAUUGCGAGCGGGCUCAUGCGGCGUGCCAACGCCCCCGGCGCGACUCUGCGCGCGAGACCUCAAAAUGUCCUCCCCACGCGACUCACGGCCCUUCACCCACCACACGCCCCCAGCCAGGCCCCCGUCGACGCUGCCGAUGCCUGGUGAAACGAAGAUAGUGAUCCCGAUCCCUUGUAUACCAAGAUACAAACGCGGCACUGGCCCUUCGCUUCAACGGAUCACGCUCCAGCCCGUUCACGACUCGACCGCGUACAUUGUCGAGCGAAUCUUCCUCCCACCAAAGGGCACAGGGCGCGAUGGGCGAGAACUCCCGAAACGACCUGGAUAUAUCAUUGGGUGGACGGACUUGCCAGCGGCCAGAAAGGUUGUCACAGCGCGAGACGUCCUGACAUAUGUGUCGCCUCGAAAACUAGAGGAGUGGGAGAGCUCCUUUGAGGAAGAGCUCAAUGCCGAACGGAGGGAGCUCAAGGCGGCGAAAGAAAGAGCAUCACAAGGGCCGGAGAAGCCUGCUGGCAAGAGGAGAGGUCGACCACCGAAACAUGCGGGCAUUGAGAGUGCGGCUGCUGUGGUGGACGAGGACAGCGACCAGCCAGCUGGCGCUGCCAUGGCCGUAGGCGGCGCCAUGCUCGCGACGCCGACGAAGAAGGCCGGAUUAAGGGCAUUCGAGGAUCCAUGGGGCGACGAGCCAAGCCGGGAGGCUACGGAGCUUCCCACGGAAGAUACGGACGCUUCGGGGCGAAACGAUGGGCUGCUGGGCGAACAAGCUGCCGAUGAUGAAAAAGAAGUUUGGCAGGGCUUUUCUAAUGAACCAAGCGUGCUAGAUGACGGCUCCAAUCAGCUGGACGAUGUGGACAUGGAGGAGGAAGCUGCCCCAACCACAAUUUAUGAAGGGCAUACUGUGGGCCAGCAAGGAGUCGAGGAUGACAGCGACGAGGAGGACGAAGAGUUGUCGACCCGAGCCCUCGCCCGCGAGCUCUACCGGAGAGGAGUGGAAGCUAUGAGCAAAGCUGCCGAACCGAACGGGGCUCACGAAGAAUCGAGAGAAGUUCAGGACGACGAGGACGACGACAUGGCCGAAUUCUACGAUGCGCCUGAGACGGCCGACGACGCGGGCGUUGAGAUCAAAGAUGAGCCGGUCGAUGUGGAAUCGGUUCCGAUCAGUACUCUGGCCAGUGUCGAGACGACGCAGGCUCAGACAGCAACGCCGGCUGACACCAACGGCGCGGCUACUAUGGAACGCCGAUACCACCAGUUGAAUUACCCACAAUGGGUCGCUAUCGGGUCAUCAAAGAAACCAUCACAGAUACAUGGACUGGCGGCACAGUCGACCUCACAAUCUUCCGACUCGCCCAUGCUGCCUCCUCCCUCUGCAGAACAAGGCUCAUCGUCGAUGAACAAGAGCAAGUCAAGGGGCAGCCUCGGUAUGAAGACACCGGCGCACAAAGCGCGCAAGCUCUCAAAGUCCUCCCCCGCCUCCGGGAGCAGGAAGCGAGCCAAGUCCACGCCCCGAUCGAGGUCCUCCGCCGCCCAGACCCCCGUCCUCGUCAACGGCGCCCAGGAGUGGGUCGUCAAAGAGAUCCUCGACGACGAGACGUACCAGGUCGAGGACCGCGGGCUGGUGCGGUACUUCAAGGUGCGCUGGGAGGGGGACUGGCCCCCCGACCAGAAUCCGACCUGGGAGCCGGAGGACAACCUGCCUGCGCAGCUGGUGAAGAAUUACUUCAAGAUGGACUACUCACGGCUACCGCCGGCGGCGCGCAAGCGGCGGCGCGAAAGGGCGUUGCUGAGGGCGAGUGGGAGUGCGCACUUUGUCAGUGUCAGAGAUGCCUUUGCCGGGGAACUAGACAAGGUGGAUUCCUCUCAUGAUAUGGGCAACGGAGGGACGGGCACGGCGGAGUAUGGGAAUGGACAUGAGCACGAGCAGGACGAGCCUAUGGCUGUGGACGAUACCGGUUCGCCUCACAAUGUGAAGCGACCGCGGUUCAGUUUCGGCAUGAGUGGAGGCGUGGUCGUGGGACCAUGGGGAGGUUCUUAGGGGCCAGGCGGGGGUGCCCAUCUCUUGAUUCAAGCGAGCAUAGCAUUGCACACAUGUUGUGUCAUUUCGGGCAAGGCGUUAGUUAUCAUGGUUGCAUGGGUACCGCAGGCUUAUAAUGAGCAAC